AUGCCUUCUAUGUGCUCUUUUUUCUCCUACCGACGGUCUUCGAUUUCUGCGUGCACCUGUGCCGUGCCAUUAUUAGGUGGCCAACAUGCUGUGCCAGAUACAAACGCUGAUUGUGCACUCCAUUCAGUCGCUUCACCUUCGCUCUCUAGAGUAAAUCCUACUCCAUGUUUACACUCCUACAGUGUGUUGAAGAUUCCUCCCUUCUCAGGCACCUAUUUCAGCCUUGGCUCUAGGACUUCCUUUUCCUUUGCCCUCAGCAUUGCUGGAGGUAUCGUUCAAGCCUUAUCUUCAUUAUCCGUCGUUUCGGCUAAUCCAAUUCUAUUCUAUUCCGCUGAUUUUUCUGUACCCCACGAAUCAAGCCCAGACAACUCUUCGUUCACUACUUUCCCACUUUCUCCAUCUUCCUCUCCUUCCCCUCUUCUCCCUUCCUUUACAUCUUCUAUUUCGAUUUCUCACAGUUCCUCAACCACUACCACUACCCUUGUUCCAUCCCUGCCUACAUCCGCCCCCUUUGAUGCUCCUCGUUCGGCCAGUCUGCCAAAUCACAACUGGCUUUCUGGCGCUAUGACGUCGUGGACCGCAUUUAACGCCGUAUUUAUGGGUGUUAAUCUUGCCGCUGCUUCGCGUCCCGGUGGGAAUGCACUUUCUUCCUUAGAUCCCGAAGAUGGUUCUCGACAGCCAGUUCGUGGAGGCUUCUACACUGGUUCACGUCUUUUUGAUCCACUCUCACAAUUGGUCGGUGUCAGUUUAGAUCAGAUCAACUUUGUCCUCGUCUGUCUAGCCACACUUUGUUUAGGUCUAGUGAUGCGGCGCUGGUUUGCUCCACCGCGCUACUCUGCUCACGCGCGUGCCACUCUUGAGAUUCUAUUUGGUGUGAUGUUGGUCUCCUUCUGCUUCGGUCAACAACUGCGCGUCCUCCUUCUGCAAUCGGCUAUUGCCUAUGUCUUCCUUCUUAUAAUACCCAACCGGCGCACCGCAGCCGUGGUCGUCACUGCCUGGUCAAUGCUAUAUUUGUCAGCUGUACACCUCUGCCGGUUGCAUUAUGACUAUGGCGGUUACACGCUUGAUAUCUCCGGUCCUGUCAUGAUUCAGACUCAACGUCUUUCAACCUUGGCUUUCAAUUUGCUCGAUGGAGAACGCCUGAAGCGUCAUCAACAGACCCAGGCGCAACUGCGCGAGGAUGAGCUAGCACUUCAGCAACAACGGCAGCAACAUUUGGAACUUCAUAAACUGCAACAAGUCACGGGAAAACUGUCAGUCGAUGCUGCUGGAUUCGAUGGGGUGCAGGGCACUUGCUCGCGAUCAAACAGUCCCCUUUUGUCUAGCUUAAUCCUUGCCUCAGAUGGAGGGAUUGGCCGAGCCAACAACUCGUUACAUUUGGAAUCGGCCUCGAGGGACACUUUAGCCUCGGAAGAAAACGCACCUCUUCUGCAUACUGGCUUGCCACCAGCACUCUCCACCAUGGUGUUGCCAUUUUCGAGUGGACAGCCCGGGAUUACUGGGUUGUCCACAUCCGGAAUCGGCAUUAGUCUAGGCAAGUCGAGCCUAUGCCCGUCGGGUCUUCAUUUGGCUGGGUUAACAAAAAGCAGCAGUGAUCCACGACUGGAUCAGUAUCGACACCUUUUGGCGCCUAGCCUUUCGAAUUCGAGCCCCUCCUCGGCUGAUUCUAUCACUGCCAUAAGUGCUAGUGUGCCGCUCACUAAUCGCAUACCUUCGUUACCAAACGAUUUCAAGAAAAUUGAUUGUCCUCAAACAGCAGACAAUGGAAUUGCUCCUGGCGCUGGUGGGGCUUCUGUUGCUGCCGUCUAUUCCUCUAACCGAUCUCAUAAAUCCUACAUGCCGCCAAGCCACAUUAAACAUGCCGUCGACCAGCUGCCUGAUCCAAUUGAGUUCGCUGCUUACAUGCUCAAUUUUCAUGGCGUUUGUGUGGGUCCCUUCGUUUUCUAUGUCGAUUAUCGAGCCUAUCUGGAUGGAUAUUCAGAGCGAAAAUUACCUCCAAUCAACUUUCACCGAUUCGCCCUACUCGCACUCAGAGCUCUCGCUUUUGGUCUCGUCACAGGCUACAUUUCGCCAUUGCUGCCGUUUGAUACGCCCAUCGUUCAACGGUUAGAGGUAGGCCGUAAUUAUUAUCUAUUGCUAUCUUUAUCUAUGAACCACCCCAGUCAUCAGCUUUUAUAUGCGUCUAAAAUUACUUGA